AAAAACCUAAUCUUUAGAGCUCAAACAUUCACUCAAACUCCAUCCUCCCAGCUGCUCUCGUCUCUUCCUUUAUCCAAUUAUGGGAGUAGCUAAUUACAUAACAGCGGUCCUCAAUUUCAUAGCCUUCCUUUGCUCGAUCGCCAUCAUUGCCUCUGGCAUCUGGCUCGCCCAAAAGCCCGACAACGUUUGCAUCCACAUUUUCCGAUGGCCUGUCAUUGUCCUUGGCUUCCUCAUCCUCCUUGUCUCCCUUGCUGGUUUUGUCGGUGCCUGCUGCUACAAGAAAGCUCUAUUGGGCUUUUAUCUUUGUUGUAUGGCCAUCCUCAUCGCUCUCUCCCUCAUCUUGUUAGUCUUUGCUUUCGUAGUUACUCGUCCUGAUGGAAGCUACGAUGUACCCGGUCGGGGUUAUAAGGAGUAUAGACUAGAUGGGUACUCCAGCUGGCUUAGGAACCGGAUAGCUGGCUCUGAGAGCUGGAACAAGAUCAGGGCUUGCCUGGCUGACUCCGACGUUUGUCUUAAAUUAACUCAACAACAAUAUAUGACCGCUGAUCAGUUCUUCGCUACUCAUCUCUCUCCUCUUCAGUCAGGGUGCUGUAAACCUCCAACAGUUUGUGGCUACACUUUUGUGAACCCAGCAUUGUGGACGAACCCGACGAAUCCAAUGGGGGGCCCUGACUGCAAUCUGUGGAGCAAUGACCAGACCCAACUCUGCUAUAACUGCAACUCCUGCAGAGCUGGUCUGUUGGGGAAUCUGAGGAGUGAGUGGAGGGAAGCCAACAUUAUCCUCAUCGUGGCAGUGGUCGUACUGAUAUGUGUCUAUGUCAUCGGCUGCAGUGCCUUGAAAAAUGCUCAGACCGAAGAACUCUUCCGCCGCUACAAACAGGGUUGGAUCUGAUCAAUCUUUCACAACUUCCGCUUUCUGAUUCUUCUCUGGAAUUUAGCUACCCUUUAUU